UGCUGAACGCGACCGUUCAUACAUAAGUCGAUCGAAAAUUUGGCGAGACCGAGGUACUUUCAUCGUACAUAUAUAUCGCGAGAUCCAUGAUUUCCUGCGUUCUUUGGAUGACCGAUCAAAAUAAAAUUCGAACAGUUUUGGGAUCGUGCGACCGAGAAUUGCCGAAACUUUACGAAUCGUGUCAUUCCGCCAUUCGUUCGCCGUUCAGUGACUUCGGUUUUGCACGUCAAGAGUUCAUUAAAUAUCGUCAAAGGUGUAUGCAAGUGAUUUAUAAAGUGACGGCGUUCAUCCGUUUCAAGUGCUCAUACAGGCAUUGCUACAGGAGUGGCCCACAAUUACGCAAUAAUAAUAAAACAAAAUCUAUUGAUUGUGCGCCGUCUUCAUGGAUAUUCAGUAAUACCGAAACACAGCAAUUAAUGACAAAAUUUAUGCCACCUCCGUAUACAAAAAAAAGAUGCAACACGUUACAUAAAUUAAUACAAGCUAGGAAAAGUGCACCAGAUGAAUGGCCUAAUUAUCCGAUAAAAGUAUUGCAAAGUACAGGUACUUAUGCAGAAGCUUUAACAGAAAUAGAAAAAUUGAAACACAAAGAUUAUAUUUAUACUACGGAUCAGACAGACAUAGAGGAUGAAAAUAUGAAUAUUAAAGAAAUUACAAAGAAGUCCAUAUCUCCAAUACGAGAUAUGUCAGGCAACUUAUUGACACAUACAGAGUCUUUGUCCAGUGGUGAUCACUUCCCGAGCAGAAAUGAAUCUAACCAAUCUGAUUUACCAUCUAAGCACUAG